UAUUCAGAUAUUCUGCAGAACUACAAUCGUCAGCCAGACUGCUUUCGGCGCGCUGCAGGCCUUAUUCGAACGACGUGUGGUGAACUCGAUAUGAACGAAAAUGAGAGGGUUAGAGCUGCCAUCACUAUGACACUCUGCGAGCUUGGCACUGCAAAACAUAAUUCGCCCCCACUGGAAUGCGCUGCAUUUGCAGUGGAGAUGCGCUCUACUGACAAGAAUAUCCCGAAUGGACCACCCGGGGCCUGCGUAGAGGCUUUAUCCCGGAGUACACAGCACUGGUCAAGCUAUUCAGGCUAUCUCCGUGAAGUCUCACAACUAUGCUAUGCUUUUCGACGAUGGAACGAUAUAGACACAGCCAGGGAAAUCUACAGAAAUGCUACAAUAGGACAAGUGGAAAUAUUGCAGCAUCUCAAUGAGCGCGAGGAGCAACUACAAGAAUAUAGCCGGAGAUCCGACCUGUUUUUGCAGGUAUAUCCUGCCUUCUCGCGUCAGAGACUAAUGCAGGACAUUCAAUUGUGCAGGACAUAA